AUUUGAGUAUCAACUAUAUGGUAAAGCCAUUUAAUAGAGGGCAUUUUCGUCAUUUCGUUAGUUGCAUUAUUAUUGCUAGUUGCCUUGAUCAAUUUUGCUACCUUAAUAUCCUUCACAACUCUUUCAUCUUCCUAUGUGGUUUUCAAGACAGUAGAAAUUUGUCAAUCUCUUUCAAUCAUGGCAGUUCAAAAUGUUGAGAAGAAUGUCAUCUCCAACAAAUUAUCUCCUUUGAAAGGACAAAAAAGAAACAAAUAUGCCUUUGCUUGCUCUCUUUUAGCCUCCAUGACAUCUGUGUUAUUAGGUUAUGAUACAGGAGUGAUGAGUGGAGCAGUGAUAUACAUAAAGGAAGAUCUCAAAAUAUCAGAUGUUGAGAUUGAAAUACUAGUGGGAACUAUCAACAUAUACUCACUUGUGGGUGCUGCAAUUGCUGGUAGAACAUCAGAUUGGAUAGGUCGUCGAUACACAAUUGUUUUGGCUGGUAUAAUAUUUUUUGUAGGAGCAAUCUUGAUGGGAUUUGCCACAAACUAUUGGUUCCUCAUGUUUGGUAGGUUUGUUGCUGGUAUUGGAGUUGGUUAUGCUCUCAUGAUAGCUCCAGUUUACACUGCUGAGGUUGCUCCGGCCUCUUGUCGUGGCUUCUGCACUUCUUUCCCUGAAGUUUUCAUCAAUGCAGGUGUUUUACUUGGUUAUGUAUCGAACUAUGCAUUUUCCAUGCUGCCACUAAAACUGGGAUGGCGAUUCAUGCUUGGAAUCGGAGUUAUCCCAUCAGUGUUGUUAGCCGUUGGUGUUCUUGCCAUGCCAGAGUCACCGCGAUGGCUAGUCAUGCAGGGCCGUCUAGGAGAUGCCAAGAGAGUUUUGGAGAAAACGUCAGACAGUACUGAAGAAUCGAAGAUGAGAUUAGCCGACAUUAAAGAAGCUGCUGGUAUACCAGAAGAUUGCCAAGAUGACAUAGUUUCUGUCACGCGAAAAAGCUCCCAUGGUGCAGGUGUAUGGAGAGAUUUGUUCCUUCAUCCUACCCCUUCUGUUCUUCACAUUCUCAUUGUAGGCAUUGGUAUUCAUUUCUUCCAACAGGCAAGUGGUAUAGAUGCUGUGGUGCUCUAUAGUCCGAGGAUAUACGAGAAAGCAGGAAUCACGAAACACAGCGACAGGCUACUUGCGACUAUAGCUGUGGGAUGUAUGAAGACAUUCUUUACCUUAGUCGCGACCUUUUUGGUGGACAAGAUUGGAAGAAGGAUACUACUUCUGUCGAGUUGUGGUGGUAUGAUUCUCUCUUUGUUAUGCCUGGCUACCGGUUUAACCAUCAUCGAUCACUCAGAUCAGAAGCUAAAGUGGGCAAUAGUCCUUUGUGUCUGUUGUACCUAUUCAACGGUUGCUUUCUUCUCAAUUGGUAUGGGUCCUUUAGCAUGGGUAUACAGUUCAGAAAUCUUUCCAUUGAGAUUACGCGCUCAAGGUUGUAGUAUAGGUGUGGCCGUUAACAGGGCAGUAAGCGGAGGAAUUUUGAUGACAUUCAUAUCGUUGUACAAGGCUAUUAGUAUUGGAGGUGCAUUUUUCUUGUAUGCUGGUAUCGCGAUUAUGGCCUGGAUUUUCUUUUACACCUUGUUACCGGAGACACGAGGGAGAACACUAGAGGAGAUGGAGCCAUUGUUUGGUACUUUCUUUAGGUGGAGAUCAACUAUGAAGGAGUUGGACAGGAACAAAGUUGAAGGUGAUGCUGGUGCUGGAGCUCAAGUUCAACCUUAAAUAGUGAUGAUGCUUAUCUUAUAUCAAUUAUUGAAUAACUACCUUUUGCACUUUAUAUUAGAAUUUGAACACAUUCUAGAUUAAUAUUCUCUCUUGGGCUUUCAUUUUUUGUUCAAGACAGAUCUGAUCUUCCAGGAUGUCAGCUUACAAACACUUUCUUGGUUUGUUUUGAUGUUUGACACUCAUACUGUAAUGCUUUUAAGUCGAAGUACUUUUAAGCUAUCAAUCCUUAAUAAAGAUUAUAUUUACUCUA